AUGGGUAUUAAAUAUGAGUGUGUGAGAGCUCUCAGAAUCAAAGAGAAUUUGGAAAAAAUGAAGCAAUUGGGUUUGAGUAUGAAUACUUUAGAUCAAGCAAAAAGAGUAUUCCGUCAAGACGUUCCACUCCCAAUGGUGGAAAAGAAAAAGCCUAAAGUCCCCACUGUCCCUCGUCUUCAUAAGGAUGCCAUCAAUCGUCGUACUUCUCCAAGGUUAGUGAAGAAGCAUCCAUCAUCGCCGGCGGGGGAUGGAAUUUGCAUAGAAGACAAGGAAAAAAUGAAGGUUGAAAUUGAAGAGGUUUAUACGUCAGAGUAUGAGAAGCUGUUGGGUGACUACAACAGUCCGUGGACCUUGUUUGAUGACCAAAGUGUCAAACGUUUGUACGAUUCUGUUAAUGGGAUUACUUGCAAAAGACACUUGGUCCACGCACAGAAUGUAGCCUAUGUCAUCGUUCACAUGGGAGAUUAUGCGGAAAAUGCCUCUACAUAA